AUGGCCGAAGAAAUCCACAUGGACACACAGGAACAGGCCUUGGAGACACCGCCGUCAGACGUCUUCGUCGCACCCUCCAUCGACAGAUCCCGUCUGCUCGACGGCCAAUCGUAUUCCCAUUUUUCGCCUUUGCCAUCACUCGUUGCCGAUGACCAGACAACCGAAUGCGUUCUCGGUGUCGACGAGGCUGGCAGAGGGCCUGUGCUAGGUCCGAUGGUCUAUGCACUGCUGUACUUGCCUCUGGAGAUGCACCGAUCUUUGCUGGCCGAAACCCAUCAUUUUGAUGACUCCAAAGUCUUGACCCCUCAGGUCCGCUCUGACCUCAUGCGCAAGCUUUGCACAAAGGACACGGAUUUGUACAACUCGUGUGGCUGGGCAACGAGGCUGCUAUCGGGCCGCGAUAUUGGUGCACACAUGCUGCAGCCGGCCCAGUACAACCUCAAUGCCCAAGCAAUGGAUGCGACCAUUGACUUGAUUAAAGGUGUCCUUGCUCAAGGCGUCAACGUCAAGGAAAUAUACAUUGAUACCAUUGGCAAACCCGAAGUGUAUCAGAAGAAGCUGGAAAGAAUAUGGCCUACAAUCCGUAUUACAGUCGCGAAAAAGGCCGACAGCUUGUAUCCCGUUGUUAGUGCUGCGUCAGUGUGUGCCAAGGUCACCCGCGACGCUGCCCUCGAAACAUGCUGGGAAGCUCAUCAAACCCCGAGGGACGGAGCCGCAACAAAAGCUGCGGUGCCUACGUGGGGCUCUGGGUACCCGUCCGACGCUAGGACGGUUACCUGGCUCAAACAAAACAUGGACCCAGUAUUCGGAUGGGGCAAUGAAUGUCGCUUCUCGUGGGGAACGGCGAAGCAGGAGUUGGAGGUCAAGAACAAAAGCAUCUCGGUUGACUGGCCGGUGGAGGAUGACACGAACGGCGCUCUGCGGAUCACCAACCACUUCAUUUCAAGAAGCGACCAACCUGGAGACGAACUGGUGGACUGGUUUGGUAACCGCGUCACCAUGGAGAUGGAAGCCUUCUAA